GCAUAUGUAUGAUCUGCCGAAAUUAAUAAUAUAUUCUGCAUUCUUCACGGGUUAAGGUCCCCAUGGGACAUAGAAUGAACAACCAUUGGUCAAGCGUAGUAUAUAUAAUACCAAAACAAGAGAAAGUGUCACUUGCACAAAAAGCUCGGACGGAAAGCUUAGGUUCAGGGUUUUUCGAAGCACAAACCAACCGACUUUAAGAAUUAUCAACCUACUUGGAGAAGUAUGGGGGAUCAGGUUCCUGUAGCUCCGGCGGACGGCCAACUGCAAGCAGCCAUUAACCCUCCACAACCGCCAGAGAACGCCGGGGGAGCACAAGGUCCAGCAGAAGACAAUCAUCUACAGGGCAUCCAACAGAGGAUCGCGUCCCUGGAAGCACUCCAGAAUGAUAGCGUCGAGGGUGUGCUCAAGAAAAUCAUCAGAGAUGUGAACUCCCAUGAAACCUUUUCUAAGGAUGUGGCACUGGAUCACGUCUUAAAUCUGAAGGUGAUCGCCAAGGAAGCGAACCACGAGAGGGCCUCAUAUUACGCGGCAGUCUUCCAAGCCAUGAAAGGGAAGAUGGAAGCCCCUGUUGAUCAGUUUAAGAGAUAUCUUCUGGUCCUGGUCGGCGAUAAAGACCAGGAGAAAGUGUAUGAAAAAAUGUCCAAAGUGGACAAGUCGUUUGACAGAAAUAAAGCAUAAGUUCGGGGUCAGUUCAGGACACCCAGAUGGAGCCGGGACAGGGUUAGAUGCUAUAGAUGCCAGUCGUUUGGGCAUAUUGCAAGAGAUUGUAGGGUGUGGCCCAGGAGUGAUGGAGAUAAUCAGCUGGUCAAAAGGCGUCGUACGAAUGAAGAUGCUAAGAAAUGACUAAUUGAUAAGAGAUUACGAAUAUGAGACAUGUAAUAUUAGGAUAAAUGGACGAGAGCAAUGUAGUUGAAGGAUUAUGAAAUAUGCAAUAAAAUAUAGUACACAAAUAAAGGAAAAGGGAACAAAUCUAUACGCAUAGAUAGUCAAKGGAGCGAUGGAGGGGAUGCGGGGUUAAGCUAUAGUUGUUUCCUCAAGUCUCCCAGCAAUCAGUACUCCUAUAUUAGGGCGAGUGGCUCACACRGCUUAGUCAGUAUUCUUGACUAUCCUGUGGACGUUCCGGUUCCGGGCGUGGGCAGUUGCUCGUUCCUGAUUGGGGGGGACCCCAUCCACCGUGGGUUAUCGUUUAAUCGUCGGUGCAUUGUCUAAAAAAAUAUAUAUAAUAUAUUAUUGCUAUUAUUAUUAUUAUAAGCGACGAGAGGGAGUCCGAGGUUUGAGUGAUCCGAUGAUUUGUUCUUAUAGGGUCGUCAGGCUAAGAGAAGAAGAGUGGACUCUAGUAGAUCAUAUAAUUUUCCUUCAUGGGAAAAUGACUUAGGGUUUUUGGAUGAGAUGAGAAAGGGUGUGUCACUUCGAAAAGAGAGCUGUUGGGUKUCAUUGGAUGGGGUACCCUCCAAUCAGGAMAACGCGAGCACUAUGCCCACAUUGGAACAAGUCUUGUCAAGUGAGAUUCCUCCCCGGUUAUCGAGUCUAAUAGUCAGAGAGUCUAAGAGCUUUAAAGCGGGGGGUUUACAUGAAAACCCGUUGGCAUGGGAAAAGGUUGCGAAAUAUCACCAUCACGGAGACAGAGUUCUYGGAUGGAUUAAGAAUGGUAUAGACGUGAAUGAGUUUAUCCAGCAUUUCAAGGGUAGCUUUAAAGGCGUAAAUUAUGACGUGGAUGAGCCACAGAAAAAAGUUUUUGCUAACCACGCGUCUUGCAAAAAGUUUGGUAGCUUUAUAGGAAAGACUAUUCUGAGUCGUAUUGUUACAGGAGCAGUCAAGGUUUGGGGUGAAGUAAACAAAGUAGAGCCACCUUUUAUAGUACUACCCCUGACGGUGGAACCGUCAAAGCCACGCCUUUGCAUUGAUGCAAGAUACGUGAAUCUCUGGAUGAAGGACACUCCAUUUAGUUUGGACAAACUAG